AUGAUGUUGUUGGCUAAGACCGAUGUCAUUCUCCCAAGCUAUCGUGAGAAAGUGGACUUCAAACAGACCAGAAUGGCUCUUUCUUUCGCAAAGAUUUUUGUGCUUGCUCUGGCGAUUUCUUUCUCAUAUUGUGAAAAAAGUUCAACAAAGGUAUGCAUUACUUCGUAGUAUGUAGAGCCGCUUAACCAAUUAUUCUGGUAAUUUUUCCAUUGUUCAAUUCAAAUUGGAAACCUUUAUAAAAAGUGGAAAACGAGGAGUGGACGUUUAGUCCUUAAAUCAUCUUGCAGAUCUUUCACUUUGUAAAAUGAAACUUGGAAAAUUUUUAUUUGACUAACCUUUUUUAUGUUCCCGAUCACUUCAUUUUAGAUUUUUUUGACGUAACCGUUGAAAUAUUAUUCGAUUCGAUCCACAAAGAGAAUUUGAACAACUUAUUCGAUGUCUUAUGAAAAGCGUUGUCGCCCAAAAUAGCCGCAAAAAAACCUGUAUGCCUCCAGAAAGUUCAUCAAAAUGAAGAAUGCGUUAUUUAGACGAGGAUUGCUUUUUCCCUUCAAUUCUCGGUUUAGUUACUUUUUCAUGUUUUGUAUUCCGUAUUUGAAUGAUUCGUAAUUUUGGCUUACAAGUAACAUGCGGUGACGAAUGAACUCAGAAUGGCAAUCCAAAAUUGUUUCCUCCAACUAAUGACGCACGCAAAAAUAUGUACACGUGGACAUUAGAACCGAGCGGGGGAGGUGUGACAAUGAACAAAUUGGCAGUAAGGCUCAAUCCAGCGGGCUCGGGGGGUUGAGGAAGUAACGUAGUAUUUCUCGUCUUGAUGUGAUACAUAUAACGUGACAAGAGUAUGAUGUGAGAGUGAGACAUAUAACGUGACAAGAGUAUAUGAGAUGCAAUGUGGUGUGACAUGCCGUGACAGGAUACUCUGCGACAAUAAUCAGAGGUUGAUAAUUUCGCAUCGACCAAUUCUUCGUCUUGAAACCAAAACGGUAUGAAAGAAUUGUUUCACAAUGCUUCGCAUGAACAAGGCGUGAGUCUUUUUCAUGUUCAACUUUUGUUAUUAGUUAUUUCUCUCCUUUGUCUUUAUGGUGAACUUUCCUUACAUAAUCUUUGAUUCAUUCAUUUCGAAAUCUUCCAUUUCAUCAAACCAUCAUUUAAUUAACCAUUAACCUAAAUAAGAAACGUGACCAAAAUUUUAUUUUCUUCUGCGAACUUUACACUCAUUGGAUCAAAUUUCACUCAGAAUUAAAGUUGCAACUGUGUCGCUUCUUUUAACUAUUGGCAAAUCUUUUCAUUUUACCAAGAUCAUUAAAAAUCAUAAACACUGGGCAAACUUGUUGGUUUACUUUCGAAUAGUUUGCUUGUUUCUAUUUUUGAUUGAUGAUUGUUUACUCUGUACUGUGGUAGAAGCAUAGGAACUGGGCUACGAGCACUUUUUUCAAUAUUUUUGACUCCUUAAAAUUAAGUAAUAAAUUGGAUUUUGAAAAAUGAGCCCAUUUAUUGAAUUUUGAGAAACUAACUUACUUAUUGAAUUUUGAAAAGUAAGUUUGGCAAGAAAAAAUAUAUUCAUAGAUCAUUUCAUGAAAUGUUUUCAUUAAAAAUUUUGCCAUCGUUUCUUUUCAUAAAAACUUUUCAUUAAAUGUUUUUCCUUUUAGUUUUCUGUUCAUUUCUGUGAUCAUAGAAGUUUAUUCUCUAAAGAUUAUAUAUAAAUUAUGAAUCAGCAACAAUUCUUUCAAAAGACUGUGCUCUGUAACAAUAAAAUAUGAUUGAAAAGUCAUUGGAAUUCAUAAUGUUCAUUUGCAUAACUUCUGAUUUCAUCUAAUAUAAAACAUUUUAUCUUCAAACCAUGGUAAUCUAUUUCAUAGCUGUUCUCAUUUUGAAAUAUUUGGUUUUUUUUAGAUCAUAAUUACCUUUUAUCCUAUUUAACUUCACUCAUUAAUUUUUUUUUCACGUUUCCUGUUAUGUUGCUAUAACUAUUAUUGUUAGUAUCAUUGUUUUUGUUAAAUAUCUAUGUCGAGAUAUUUUAAUAUUCCCAUUCUAUAUAAAUAUGUUAUGUAACCUAUAUAUAUAUUCAUAAAAAAUCUUUUUAACAUUUUCCUCUUUAUUCAAAAAUAGAAAUUCACAAAGUUUCAAAACAUCGAAUAAAAAUGAAUCAAUCAGAUCUUUAGCACCUAGAAUCAAAUGGUUUUUAAAACCAUCGAAGGAAAAAAAAAAGAAAAAAAGAAUGAAGAUAUUGUUAAUUAUAAUUUGUACGGCAAUAUGGAGCCUUUAUCAUCAAAACCCAAUUUCAAAACUGGUGAUCUGAAAGUGCUGGUUUGUUUUAGGGGUGACAUUUGUAUUCUUUCUCCAACUUAUGGCGUCCCCGAGUAGACUGGACAGCAGAGCCCUUCACAGUUUCGUAUUUCUCGACAUUUAACAGCUAAUUAGCUGGCUAAUAUAAAUCGAAACCUUCAGACUUGUCUUCAUUUUAAUGACUAAAAUCUACGUCUUUCACCUCGCAGGUAUAUUCUACGGAUGAAAAACACGAACAAGGAAAGCUGUCUCUCCAGAAGAGAAGUGUUUAUUCAAACCCUUUGAUGGGUAAGAAGCAAGCAAGGAUAAAACAGAUUUAGGUCACUCGACAUAAAUUACACGCGCAAUUGUCUAACCUCACCCUUUUCGUGGGUUUAGAAUCUUCAGAUUAGUUUCUCAUGGCUCUUUGCCAAGACAUCUUGCUAGAAUGCAUUGUUCAUUUGAGAUACAGAGCAUAAGAGCAUUGCUUAGCCAAAAAAUUUUGAAGCAACUUACUUUUUAUGCUGAUUAAGUCGCUAAAAUGCACAAAAGCGUGCAGGUGCACAUGUAGUGUUGUAUAUCAUUUCUCUGUUAAAAGCAAAGCAAUCCUUUUCAUUUACAUUGUUUAUUGUCUUUCUCUGGUUCUUUGCUUUUUGUUUUUGUUUUCAGUUUACCGCUGUUCUCUUCCUCUUGGUUUGGAAAACGGUCAUGUACCAGACGCCGCAUUUUCUGCUUCUUCAAGUGCAAACAGCAAACAUGGUCCAGCACGUUCCAGAUUGAACAUACAGUCAAACAGUAAAGGGUACGGAGCCUGGUCAGCGGGUGCUAAUAAUGGCAAACAGUGGCUUCAGAUAGACUUCGGGGAACUGGUGCGAGUGACCAAGGUGGCAACGCAGGGGCGUCAAGACUCAGGCCAGUGGGUAACGAAGUACACUCUGUCCUAUGGUGUAGAUGGGAUGCACUGGGCCGAGUAUAAAGAAAAGAGUGUCACAUGGGUAAGUUAAAAUCUCGUUAAAAAUAGUUCACGUAGAUUUACCGGUUGAUACGACAGAAGUUUUGGCUGCUUUUUCUCAUGGUUGAGCAGCCCAAAGAACUGCCAGGGUUUUGCUUUAAAAAAAAUUUAAAAAAGGAUGGGUUCUAAGUAGUUUUAGUUAAACGUUGUUACGAGUGCAUCUAGCCUUUACUUUGAUCCACUGAUCAAAUUUAUCGCACAUUAUACAGACGCUUUGUGAUUCUAGUUGCAUCCUCUCCAAGCUAGAAAUUUUCGUCGAAAUGUAAAAUCUGUCAAUCGAUAAAAUAACUCCUGUACCAAUAUGAAACGUGAUUAAAGUAUGGGUCAAUGAAUCAAAAUAAUUAGAGUUUGACCGUCUGAAACUGUUUACAUUUUACAGACAUAAGAUACAGAGUAUACCCACAGCCAAAGUAAUAGAAAUGAUUUUUUUCUCAUACUUUAUUUCCGCGAAAGGGCUGAGUGAAAGUUUGAGAAUCUUUUGGAUUUCCCAGGUAUUUCUAGCUAACAAGGACAGAAAUACAGUUGUGGAGCAUCUUCUUCUCUCGCCAUUUGAUGCUCGCCUUAUCCGAUUUCACCCAAAGGCCUACCGUGGAUACACAUCUAUGCGAGCAGAGGUUUAUGGCUGUAGGAAGGGUGGGUGUUGAAAAUUUUUAAAACUUGUGGGUUCUCGUUUCAGACGUUUUAGUUGGCCUAAAAAAACUACAGAUGUACUCCUUAUUGUCUUGUUGUUACAAAUUGAGUUACGAGAGAGUAUUAAAACCAGCAACAAGUCUUAUGAUUCAUGGCAUCCUUGCAACGUUUUGCGACAUGUCGCGGGGACAAAAUAUCCCCCAAAUUGGUGUUGCACAAUUAUAAAAGUAUCAGUUCACACGAAGGGACAUGCCGCUACAACACAUUACUGGGACACGUACACGCAUCAUUUUUAUGUGUGUGAAAUGUUGUGAGUUUGUCACUGCUACAUGUUCCCGCUACACGUCCCUGCAACAUGUUGCCUGAGCGUGUACUACACAAGUUUUGUCGCUGCAAGAUGUUCCUGCAACUUGACCCCUUGUGUUUUCCCACCUUAAGACUUCAUUCGCAAACUUUCGAUCUCGUCCCCUAACGAAGAGUAGCAAUAUGGCGGUCCAAACGUCACGAUCAAUACACGAUUUAUUAGCCUGACAUUUGCAUCGUGAGACAAACGAUAAAAAGUUCGUUGAAGUUUAAGAUGAUUUAAGAUUAAAUGUUAAUGCUGCAGGAGUCGGUUUGAUUUAGUUCCGCUUCCCUUUUUAUCCAAUGUUAUAUCAGGAGCGUUUCGGUGAGUUGGUUUUAGAAACUUGCAUUUACAUUUUUUUAAUUUUUAUAAAAUUUUAGACUAUGUAUUUUACCCAGUCGUUCAACAUUGGAAUAAUACUAAUAAUAAUUAUAGUAUUAAUGAAUAUGAUACAACUUUAUUUGAAGGGGUGGUAGUAUUUCAACUGAGGAUCAAGUGGCCCUUUCAAAUAGUUAUUACUUAUUCAUUACUGAUGUUUUAUUGUAUUUUUAUAACAGGCAAGCAACAAACGCCUUAUUUAUUAAUAUUCUUAGUUCACAGCUGCUCCGUACCACUGGGUGUGGAGGAUGAACGGAUUCCUGACAGUGCAUUUACUGCGUCAGGUAGCUAUGACAAUCGUCACAGGCCCUCACUUGCGAGACUGAACCUCUUAUCGGAUGGCAAGCACGUGGGAGCCUGGUGCCCCAAGCUAAAGAGCCGCAACCAAUGGCUUCAAAUAGACUUGGGAGAAAUUACCGCAGUGACCAAAGUGGCAACUCAAGGCCGAUAUAACAGUGAAGACAGAACUAGAACAUACACUCUUUCAUACAGUGUGGACGGACUACAUUGGACGAGUUACAAACAACGUGCUGUGGAGAAAGUAAGCUCGACUGACUUAGCAAGAGAUGGAACGCCUCUAAUUAUUACUAUUAUUGAAAUACGAGGGCUUUGCGAAUCAAUAUUAACUUUAUUUGUGUUAAUUGAAGUGCGAGACAUUCACCAACCAAAUCAGUGAUGAGGAAAGAGCAAUAAUUUGUGGAACGUCAUUGCAACCAAUGUAGCCGAAAACGACAUUACAGGGCUAUGAGUUGUUUAAUGCAGUCGAAAACGGCUAAUAAGUCAAUUGUGUACUUACCAUAAACAUGACAUAUUUUUUAACUCGAGUGAGUUCAAUGUUAUUUUCUUGUUACCUCAGGUGUUCGCAGGAAAUACGGACAGAAACACUGCCAUCAUACACUCCCUAAAACCUCACAUCGAGGCUCGCUGCAUCCGGUUUCAUCCAAGGGCACACAAUCAUAACGUACCUUGCCUAAGAGUUGAGUUGUAUGGGUGUCGUAAAGGUGAGUUCAGUGGAUAUGCCAAAACAACACAUUUGAUUAAAUUGGUCAUAUUCCGGCUACAAUUCGAUUCGUCUUGGUCUAAAGAGUCAUCUACUUUGUCAACUGCUGACACUUUUCAAAUAAGGGCUUCUCGACACCUGAGUUUUAAGGAAUGUUGUGUGUGGCUUAGUGAUCGACUUAAAUGGAAGCAAAGCAAUGAAACUUUAAUGAAUUUGGCUUAACGCAAAACUUCGUCGCCUAAUGAUCACCUUGUUCCGAUCAGCUUGGUCAGCUUUGGUCAGCUACGCGUGCAAAGUGCACAUACCAAGGCUUGAGUGGAUUGAGCUACCAAAGGAUCUAUUGCGACUUCUGGAAAUUACUUCUCUCCGUUCCUGCGGCAAAUCAGUUUAUUGCAUAACUAUUUCUUUAGUUUUUGUUAACUUUCUUCAAAUGGUUUAGUACACUUGCUUCUUAUAGUGUUAUUCGCUUUUCACAGUUAAGAACUGUUUUAUGGCUGUGGGAGUGGAAGACGGAAGAAUUCCUGAUGAAGCAUUUACAGCUUCAUCUUCAGCCAGUGGUAGAUACCUUCCAAACAGAGGUAGACUUAACUUACCACCAAGUGGAGGGAAGUAUUGUUGGGCAGCUGGACAGAAUAAUGCUAAUCAGUGGCUACAGGUAUGUGAAAAGUCAUGAUACUCUACAAAAAUUUUCAUGAAUUGAUAGAUAUAAAAUAAAUAACAUGAACUGUGGAAGUUAAAUGAUGAGGUACUGAAAUCAUACAGACGAUGAAAGUUGAGCUUGAGCUUGGUUUUCAACCCGAGUCUGAGCUGAAAAGCAGUUGACUUUGGUAGCUGAUCAACGUAGGCUCACUGAGCCUACGUUGAUCAGCGAUGGAGAUGAAAUAAAAUUUCAUGUAAAAGAACGUCACCAUGUUAAUAACAUAAAUAGGAGAAGCAACAUACGAAGUUUCUUUCUCCUAAUUCUCACAUUGAGCUGUCACUGGUUUUUCUUUUUCGCUUGCAUCAUUUCUCUCCAUCCACAUUAGAAAAGGUUUCUAGUAAUUACAGGUAUUAUAGAGGGUAAUUAAAAAACGCACAAGACAAAAAGAAGAAAAUACAAUACAAAAUAAAGUAGGAUUAAGAAGUGCAAUUAAUGAAGCUCAUAGGUUUAUUAUGAAUAAUAAUCGCACAAAGCAAAAAAACAACAACAACAACAAUAACAACACAUAUGGACACACACAACGCACGCAUAUAAUUUAUGAUGAAUAAAAUCAAGUAAGAUGGUUAAUACUGAGCAAAAUAAUAUUUAUACAGUGCGUUUUCAAAAAAUUUUGGAAGAAAGUUUAAGAAUGUGAAGAGGGAAGUCGUUCCAAUAGAAUUUCCCAGUGGGGCUAAACUUCCUUAUGUCCGCUCUAAAGAAAGUGAACAGUCCAUAAUUUCUUAGAAAUCAGAGUUCUCUCUCGUGAUUUCCUUUAUAAUAACAUACAUGCAAAAAAUUCAGCAUGCUCAUUGGCUGAGAACACGUCAAUUAAUUCCAAACUGUGCAGAAAGUUGUAAUUAAAUUAAUUGACAGUUAAGUUGCUUCUGCCGACCGAUAUAUACCUGACAGAGAAAGAAUACAAACGCUCAGUUAUUCUCGAAAUGCAGGGAAUAAAUUUAUCAAAGACUCUAAAUUGCACUCGCAGUACGGGUUUGGGAAAUUUGGUUAGCCUUUAAAAAAUUUACUUGUGCUGAUUUAUCCUAAAUUGCACUCGAAAUCAUGCAAUUACAUGUACAAAUUGCUUUCAGAACGAUAUAGAGUUACACACAUCAGUUACAUAAGAGUUGAAUUAAAAAAAAAACAUACCAGCGUACCUGUACCAUGCUUCGUGGUAUUUUAACAUGGGAUUCGCAUGGCGUAGACUUUAAUACUACUCGAUACACGAUAUCGGCUCAGAUUUUCGGAGUCAGUGAUAAAGAGGCGUUUUUGAUGGAAAUGCUUCUGCAUCUUUUAGGUAAAUCUUGGACGUCUGUUCAACGUACGAGGCGUGGCCACUCAGGGUCGACACGAUUCCAAUCAGUGGGUGACAAGCUUCUCAUUGUCUUACACUGCAGAUGACUUUAUGUGGGUUUUUAUCAAGGAAAACAGCCAAGUGAAGGUAAUCAGAAAACUCAGAUAAUUAGGUCUUCUAAUUUGGUCUUGUAUCUCCUUUUUAAUUUUACCCUAAUAUUCAAUUAACCCUUCCACGUCAAGUUGUGUUAACAUUGGCUUCCGUUGGACCCUCAUAUUUAGAAAUUUAGAUUAUGUGCUUAAUUAUGUGUCACUGCUUGAUUUUGUUCACACUUAGACUUUUUUGCUUAAUUCUUACACUAAAUUAUUAUUAUCAUUAUUAUCGUUAUCAUUAUUGAUAUUUUUUUUGUACAAUAUAUUUUCGUUAAAAAGUAAAUCUUCAACAUCACAACAUCUCUUAAAUAGCUCAAAAUAUAGCCACUCGUCAAGCUAAAUUUGACGAUGCAUACAAUUAAAACAUGUAUUGAACUCUUAAAAGAUACCUGCUACAUUGUAUGUAUUCUUAGCGGGAAGAAAAAGAAACCCAAAGAUACACAUCGGGAAAAAUUGCCCGUCGGGAAGUAGACCAAUGAUACCUCGUAGUUAAAAUCGACAGAGACUUCGUGGCAAUAAUGCAACUGCACGCCUCAUGCUAUGUGUGCACGGCCAUGCGAGGUGUUUGUUUAUUAUUAAGCGGAAGGUCUACAUAAGGAAAACCUUACCCGAGGUUACGAUUAUAGCCUGAGGACUUCAGAACUAAAGCACGAUUUUAGCCCGACUUAGACCAGUAAAUAAUGUGUUCGUUUUUUUCCUGCAGUUAACUGGAUUAUAAACCAGUUUUGUUUUCAUAAUCGUGUCAUGAACUUAGAUCGAGUGCCGCCUGCUUGGAAUGACUACGUUAUCAAACUUAUCACCUUUAUUUGUAGACAUUCCUGGCAAACAGCGACAGGACAACAGUUGUCAAACAUGUCUUCAGCCCGCAUAUCAGAGUGUUUGCCAGAAGCGUUCGUUUCCAUCCGAAAGGUUGGCAAAGCCACAUCUCCAUGCGAGUGGAGAUUUAUGGUUGCAAAGAAGGUAAGUAAGUGAUUUUAGGCAUCAUUUUAUUUCAUUGACAAAUCAAUUUCCUGCCUCGAAAAUGAUCAGGUGCUAGAGAAAAGUUCCCUUUCUGAGUGUUGUGGUAGUUUUUAUAAGCUGUUAUGGCACGCAAGGGAUAAUUUGUUUGCGUUAAAAUUAACGCAGAAAGAUUUUCGAUUUCAUCGACUACCAACAAAUCAUGAAUAAAUUAACUAAAAAAAUUGUUCACGAUGCGACCUUUUCUCGUGUGGUAACAAAAGUGAGAUCCAAAAUAAGAGAUGUUCGGACGGGGAAGCCCAUGUUCAUCUCCUGUCAGCUAUUUUGCGACUUUUACAAUCAGUUGUAAAGAAAUAAAUUAGACAUAGAUCUAGGAGAGAAAUUAAAGUGAAAUGAAUCUGCGUGCGAGGAUCACUUCUUCACUCGUUCUUUUUGUGACUUUGGUGGGUUAGAAGAGUAAUUAGUAGGGCUUAACAACAGCCUAGAAUUUCGCAGCAUUAUACUUAAAUACUCUGAUCAUUACUGUAUAAAUCAUUAAGUAAUUUGAAUAAACUUAUUUUGUUCUUUUAAAGCCUGAAAAGGAAAUUCGAAAACGGAUCUUACCAUAGUAUGCAUGACUACAUAAUGCAGAAUUCUAUAGAUUUUUUUGCACUACUAUGGAAGUUUGAUCCGAUGAUAUAGGGUCAAUAUGCCAAACAACUCCUGCAAGGUUUGAGCCCGGAUUCAAAUAAAGGAAAGAUUAAGAAACUCUUAUAAUGCAAACGAUAGCUUUGACAUAUUGGAGGUAGAGAUCAAGUGUGGUGUAUGCCUCUCCUAGAUUUAUAUUGCUAUUCAAAUACUUGCCUAAUUUUGCUGAGAGUAUUGCCUUCAAGGUAAAUCGUUUGAGUAAAAGAAAGCAUGCAUUUGUUUUAGCUUUCGCCGUUUGGAUUAGCUCGACGAUUUCAUAAAAUCAUAAAAUCCUGCAUUUGAUGUGUUGGAAUGUUUUUAAAAUACUGAUUGAUAUGAUUAAAUAGAUCGCAGUUGCUUCCUUCCUCUUGGUAUGGAGAGUGGCCAUCUUCUCGACAAAGCAAUAUCGGCAUCGACGUAUUAUGACUCUAGACACAUCCCGCAGUUCUCGAGACUUAAUAAGAUCCCCAGUUCAGGCAAGGCGGGGGCCUGGUGCACACGUACAAACAAUGGUAACGAAUGGCUGCAGGUCAACUUUGAGCGGGAGACAUCUGUUACAAAAGUGGCUACUCAGGGGAGGUAUGACGGCGAUCACAGGUUGACGAGCUACAGUUUGUCGUAUAGUGUGGACGGCUCUCACUAGGCGUGGUACAGACUUUCGGAUGGAGAUAUCAAG